GGGGGCGGGGCUCAAUUGCGCAUGUGCAGUAAGGACAGGCAACUAAGUUCCAACAACUCCAGCUCAAGUUUGUGGCGCUAAAGAAGCUACUAGACUUGCUAAACUAAAGGCUGUUAAGAUUGUCUACAACUGUCCCGAUUUUGCCGGUGAGUGAGUGAUGGGUGACGAGGGAGAAAAGGAGGCCGGGGACCCUCGUCUGGACAUCCUCCAACAGUACACCCUCAAGACCACCAAACAGAAAAAUGACAAGUGGAGCAAAAUGGCGAGUGUGGAUGAGAACAUGGUUGUCAUUAUGGACUUCCUGGAGAAGGGGGACUGCAAGAUUCUCGUCAUUUAUGUCAACCAACAGAGUCAGCUUGCUCCUAUCAACGCUUUUCCACCCACUACCAAACAGAAGGCUAUAUACUUCAUCAAGAGGCAUGCAGAAGCAGUCAAAAGGGACAACUUUCAUUCACUGGUGUUGUUUGGGGACGUCUCCCACCUUGCAUUGGACCACUUCACAGCACUCAUUGACAAUCUAAUUGUCCCUGUGAUAGCCAACAACACGAACCAUUUGGCCUGGCCUGGAGUGGUGUCUCGUGACGUCAUGCAGCACAUAGGAGGCCUCAAGGGAGAAGUGUUCACAUUCAGCGGGGAGGUCAAGGGGAAAACCCUACUACCCCUCCCACCACAGGCAGACCUCAUGGCCAAAGCUGCAGAUUCACAGUCACAGGGUCAGCCAUUUCAGAAGAAUUUGAUCCAUGCCGUGGAGAGUGUGGUGAUUGAGUGGGCCCACCAGGUCCAGGGCGUCCUUGAGAAGAGCUCUGCUCAACCUCUCCUUCAAGGCAAGAAUCCAUUCCCUCUCGUGGAAAUAGACUUCUGGGGGGCUCGUUGUGCUGACCUAGAGUCUGUGGUAGACCAACUCUCUGUGGAGAAGAUCAGAAAGAUGACUCAGCUCCUGGAGAGGACUCUGAGUAGCUACUACCCUGCCUACAAGGCUAUGACACAGGCCAUAGAGGAGGCUCUCGAUGAGGCCAGGGAUAUCAGCAUUCACCUCAAGCCGCUGCGUCGUCACUUUGAGGAGAUGGAGGAGUGUGAGUUUCAGGAACUGGAGCAGAAGAUCAUCGUCAUAUUUCACCUCCUGUGUCUCAUCUGGGCCCACUCCACCCACUACCAGAAGCCAGCCAGGAUGGUCGUCAUACUACAAGAGAUCUCAAACCUCAUAAUUCAUUUGACGUGUGUGUUUGUGACUGAGGAGAUCCUGCGGUUUGACCCAGAUGAGGGUUUGGAUAAGAUUGCUGUCGCUCUCAGUGUCCUAGACCUCUACAGGAAAACGUUCAAUGAAAAGAAGAAUGGACUGGCCACUUAUUUCAAGGACUCACCCGUUGUAGAAUGGGAUUUUCCCCCAGAGUUUGUCUUCUCACGUAUCGACAACCUCGUCUCAAGACUCAAAAUGAUAGAGACAUACUUCUCAACUGUGAAUGAGUUUCUGCGUCUGGAGAAGAUAGUGUUUGGUGACAUUAAAGGCCAGACCCUCACUGACUUGGUAGCAGAGAUGUACACAGAGUUCAAUGAGCUCCUCAAUGCCUUCCAGGGGAAGGGAGGUGACCCCCUCAACCUUUCCACAACGGAUUUUAUGACUGAGUAUGACUCAUUCAUGGACCAGAUUGCAGACAUGGACCAACGCCUCUCGCAGAUUGUCUGCCAAGCUUUUGACAACUGCAAUGGCUAUGAGAGUAUCUUCAAGCUGCUUGAAAUGUUGGGCUCCCUAGUAGAGAGACCACUUAUUCACAGAGACUUUCGUUACAAGUACCCAAUCCUCGUGCAAUUGGUCAGUCAAGAACUAGACUCUUCCAAACUGAUAUUCGACGAGCAACUUGAGCGUGUCAAGUCGCCCGAGGGCCCAAUCAUCAACAAGAACAUGCCCCCCAUGGCUGGACUACUGAGGUGGUCCCAGGAACUGAAGGAGAGGGUGAACCAAUCGGUGGAGAAGCUGAAAACUAUCAACCACGGUACUCUCGAGAGUGCAGAGGCAAUGAUCCUCUUCCAGAAGUACGAUGAGAUGGAGGAGCUGGUCCAGAAAUUUGAGAGUGAAGUGUACUCGGACUGGACACAGUCAGUGGACGAGGUGGCUAAGGGGAAUCUGGAGAAACCCCUGCUGGUUAGAGAUCAAUCCAACAUGAUGAUCUCCGUCAACUUUGACCCUAAGCUUGUGGCUCUUUUGCGUGAAGUCAAGUACUUGAACCAGCUGAGCAAUGAACACGGUAUUCCAGACAGUGCUUCAUCCGUGUUUCAACAAAACGAGCAAUUCAGAGACUUCCUUCAGAACUUAGAUGUCACAGUUAACCUCUACAACAAUGUACGAGAGACCAUCCUGGAUGUUGAGUAUCCCCUCGUUGUGGGCCAGCUGGCUGACAUUGACAAGCAGCUAGAGAGAGCAGUGGUGGAACUCAAUUGGACCAGCGACGGAGUGUGGGAGUACAUCCAGUCAACUCGUGACGGUGUUUGUGAUCUGGAGAAGAGAGUGCGUCAGGCCAAGGCCAAUGUGGAUCAUAUAGUGACCAUCAUGAAUGGGUGGUGUCAGAGUCCCCUCUACAAGAGAAAGGACACAAAGAACGACCCUCUACUAAACACUGAUGAUGGUAAGAACCUUGUUCAGUCGAGAUAUGCCAAAGUGAAGGAGGAUAGUGAGAAAAUCCAUGCUCUGAUCCAAGAGAACCUGACCUACUUUCAAGCUGUUGAGGAGUCUGAGGACUGGAAGAACUAUGUAGAGUACUUGGAUGAUGUUGUGUUGGACGGGCUCUUUGAAUGCGUCCACUGUUCACUCAGCUACUUUUUGGAGAACACAGACAAGGAGAAGAUGGCUGAAGCGGGACUUCACCCCUUCAUGGAGUCAAAGUUUGAGCUGCAGGCUCCUGACAUGGUGUUCAAGCCCUCUCUGGAGCAGGACUCCCCUGAUAGCUUCCUUGCUCUUGUUGAGAGUCUAUUGGAUGAUGUCUACAAGUUUGCCACCCUAGUGCCACGAGUGGCCAAGCACAAAGAGAGCCCUCACUACCACUCUGAUGUGGAAGAGAUUGCUGAGCUGUCUGAUAUACGAGAUGAGAUCAUGUCUCGAGUGACGACAGCCAUUGAGCAGGCUGCUCAGUACAGAGACUCGUAUAACGAGCAUGCAUACCUCUGGGUGGACGAUCGCAAAGAGUUCCUCUCUCAGUUCCUCAAAUAUGGACACGUCAUAACUCAGGAGGAGAUUGAAGAGGCUGGGGAUCAGGGGGUGCCUGAGAACCCACCCACACUAGCACUAUUCAAGAAACAAGUCGAUUCUUACGAGUCCAUCUAUCUUAAAGUGGAGAACUUUGAGGGUACAAAGGUGAUUGAUUCCUGGUUCCGUAUAGACUCCAGACCAUUCAAGCAAGCUCUCCUCACAACAGUCAAGAAAUGGAGCUUCAUGUUCAAACAGCAUCUCACAGACCAUGUCAACAACAGCUUGAAGGACUUGUCAGAGUUCAUUGAGUUGACAGCUGCUGGUCUAGGUGUGGAGAUGGAGGAGGGAGACUAUGAUGGCCUGGUUAAUGUCAUGAUUCACCUGCUGGCAGUCAAAGACAGACAAGCUAAUACUGAUGUCAUGUUCGAGCCUCUCAAGGAGACAGUGGAACUGCUCAGUGCCUACACCCAGGAGACAGCAGACGAGGUCAUGCAACAACUAGAGGAGCUUCCAGAAUUGUGGAAUAAGCUGAAGAAGCAGACGGUAGUCAUGAAGCAAAACGUGGCUCCUCUACAAGCUGUCGAAGCGAAUGAGAUCAGGAGGAAAGUGACUACCUUUGAUGUUCGUCAGCACGAGUUCAGAGAGAAUUUCCGUGUCAAAGCUCCCUUCAGUUAUGCAGCCACACAUCCUUACGUCAGAAUUGAUAGGAUUUCUGACCUAAUCUCCACAAUGGAAGCUGAAAUGAAGACUCUUAAACAGGGUGCUGGUCUGUUUGAAGUCAGUGUGCCUGAAUUCAAGCAACUUCAGACCUGUCGUCGUGAGAUUAGGCUGCUCAAGACACUAUGGGACAUGAUCAUCCUUAUUAGAAGCUCGUUCACAGACUGGAAUACAACACUGUGGAAGGAUAUCAAUGUGGAGAACAUGGAAAUGGAGUGUAAAAAGUUUGUCAAGGACAUUCGAUCGCUAGACAAAGAGAUGAGAGCAUGGGACUGUUUUGGUGGGAUGGACUCCACCGUUAAGAACAUGGUGACCUCGCUACGUGCCGUGGGAGAAUUACAGAACCAGGCGAUUAGGGACAGGCAUUGGGAGCAGCUCAUGCAAGCCACUCAGGUGAAGUUUGUUAUGUCUGAUGAGACUAACCUGGCAGAUCUGCUGGCCCUCAACCUGCACAACUUUGAGGAUGAGGUGCGCAACAUUGUGGACAAGGCUGCCAAAGAACUGAGCAUGGAGAAGACAAUGGUAGAGCUCGACGUGACCUGGUCUCAGAUGGAGUUUGAGAACGAAGAGCACAAGAGAACAGGGUACAAGAUACUGCGCUCCAGCGAGGAGCUCAUUGAGACACUUGAGGAUAAUCAGGUUCAACUUCAGAACAUGAUGACAUCCAAGUUUAUAGGUUACUUCCUGGAGCAAGUGUCUGACUGGCAGAAGAAACUGUCCACAGCCGACUCUGUGAUCAGCAUUUGGUUUGAGGUCCAGAUUACAUGGUCCCAUUUGGAGUCCAUCUUCAUUGGAUCAGAGGACAUACGAAAUCAACUACCAGAACACUCCAAGCAGUUUGACACUAUCGACACAGACGUUAAGGCACUGCUGAAGGAGGUUGAAGGUACACCAAAUGUGGUGAAGGCCACCAAUCGUGCCCGACUCUAUGAUGAGCUGGAGGACAUACAGAAGAGACUAGCCGUGUGUGAGAAAGCCCUGGCUGAGUACCUAGAGACUAAGAGGCUGGCCUUCCCUCGAUUCUAUUUUGUCUCCUCCUCUGAUCUCCUGGACAUCCUCUCAAAAGGAAACAUCCCAUCAGAGGUUGCUCGUCACCUUGCAAAGUUGUUUGAUGCAAUGGCCAAACUGAAGUUCACGAUGGACGAGAGUGACAAGCCCACCAAGCAAGCUGUAGGCAUGUACAGUAAGGACGGGGAGUAUGUGGAGUUUGACCAACCUUGCGAGUGUGUCGGACAGGUUGAAGUGUGGCUGACUGCAUUGCUGGACAGGAUGGUAGCUACUAUAAGACAAAAUUUCAAGGAUGCUGUCAUCACCUACGAGGAGAAACCUAGAGAGCAGUGGAUCUUUGACCCUCCUGCACAGGUGGCUCUGGCAGGGACUCAGAUCUGGUGGACCACUGAUAUCAAUAUAGCGAUUGCACGUAUGGAGGAGGGCUACGAGAACACUCUGAAGGACUACUACAAGAAGCAGGUCCAGCAACUGAACACACUCAUUCACCUGCUCCUGGGUGACCUCUCAAAGGGAGACAGACAGAGGAUCAUGACCGUCUGUACCAUUGACGUGCAUGCAAGAGAUGUGGUGGCCAAAAUGAUAGUACAGAAGAUUGACAAUGCUCAGGCUUUCCUGUGGCUCAGUCAGCUGCGACACAGAUGGGAUGAAAACAUUUCACACUGCUUUGCCAACAUCUGUGAUGCCCAGUUCAAGUACUCGUACGAAUACCUUGGCAACACUGCUCGUCUUGUGAUCACCCCCCUUACUGACAGAUGCUACAUCACUCUCACCCAGUCCCUCCAUCUGACCAUGAGUGGAGCCCCCGCUGGACCAGCCGGUACUGGCAAGACUGAGACCACCAAGGAUCUGGGCAGGGCUCUAGGAAUUAUGGUCUAUGUGUUUAACUGCUCUGAGCAGAUGGACUACAAGUCUUGUGGCAACAUCUACAAGGGUCUGUCUCAGACUGGAGCCUGGGGCUGCUUUGAUGAAUUUAACAGGAUCUCAGUGGAGGUGCUGUCUGUGGUGGCUGUGCAGGUCAAGACCAUCCAGGACGCCAUCAAAGACAAGAAGGAAAGGUUCAACUUUGAGGGUACAGAGAUUCGGCUGACUCCCACAGUGGGCUUGUUCAUCACUAUGAAUCCAGGCUAUGCUGGAAGAACUGAGCUGCCAGAGAACCUCAAGGCACUAUUUAGACCAUGUGCUAUGGUGGUACCUGACUUUGAGCUGAUUGCUGAGAUCAUGUUGGUAGCUGAGGGCUUUAUCGAGGCUAGAAUCCUCGCCAGAAAGUUCUUGACCCUCUACACGCUCUGCAAAGAGCUGCUCUCCAAGCAAGACCACUAUGACUGGGGUCUACGAGCUAUCAAGUCUGUGCUGGUGGUGGCCGGCUCGCUAAAGAGAAGUGACAGGGGGAGACCAGAGGAUCAGGUGCUCAUGAGAGCACUGCGUGAUUUCAACCUGCCCAAGAUUGUCACUCAUGAUGUGACCAUCAUCAUGGGUCUGAUUGGAGACCUGUUCCCUGCCCUCGAUGUGCCCAGGAAGAGAGACCCUGAGCUGGAGGACUACGUGAAGAAAUCUAUUGUUGAGUUGAAGUUGCAAGCAGAAGACCAGUUUGUGCUCAAGGUGGUCCAACUAGAGGAGCUACGUCACGUACGUCACUCAAUCUUUGUGAUUGGCAACGCUGGCACUGGGAAGAGCAGAAUCCUUCGGUCCCUCAACAAGACCUAUGCCAACAUGAAGCUGAAACCAGUCUGGGUGGACCUCAACCCCAAGGCAGUGACCACUAAUGAACUGUUUGGGUACAUCAACCCGGCCACCAGAGAAUGGAAAGACGGUAAUAAUAGCCUCUUUGAAAACUGUAUACGUUCAUCGAUUGAUUAUCACUUAUUGUGUACUUGUGUAGGCUUGUUCUCUACUAUCAUGCGAGACAUGUCCAACAUUUCUCACGAGGGGCCCAAGUGGAUUGUCCUGGACGGUGACAUUGACCCAAUGUGGAUAGAGUCACUCAACACUGUCAUGGAUGACAACAAGGUUUUGACCCUGGCCAGUAACGAGCGUGUUCCCCUGUCUCCCUCAAUGAGACUUAUGUUUGAAAUCGGCCACCUCAAGGCAGCCACUCCGGCCACUGUCUCCAGAGCAGGCAUCCUCUUUGUCAAUCCCUCUGACCUCGGAUGGAACCCAUAUGUUCAGAGCUGGAUAGACGGUCGAGAGGUACAGUCAGAGAAGGCCAAUCUCACCAUUUUGUUUGAGCGCUUCAUCCCCACGCUCUUGGAGUCAAGUCGCUCUGGAAAGUUCAAGAAGAUCACCCCUAUACAAGAGGUGAGCAUGAUCCAAACGCUCUGCUUCCUACUGGAGACUCUGCUCACUCCUGACACCACUCCACCAGACACACACAAGGAUGUGUACGAGCUCUACUUUGUCUUUGCUGCCAUCUGGGCUUUCGGUGGAUUCCUCUUCAAAGAUGAGAUGGUGGACUAUCGUGUUGAGUUCUCCAAGUGGUGGGUGGCAGAGUUCAAGCACAUCAAGUUCCCUUCACAGGGGACCAUCUUUGACUACUUCUUGGACCACACAUCUAAGAAAUGGCUUCACUGGGGUGAAAAAGUGCCCAAGUUCACCCUCGACUCAGAACUGCCACUGCAGGCUGUGAUGGUCCACACUAAUGAAACAAUGAGGUUGCGUUACUUUGUGGAUCUGUUGAUGGCCAAUCGUCGCCCCGUGAUGUUGGUAGGAAAUGCUGGAUGUGGGAAGACAGUGCUCAUCAAUGACAAGCUCAACUCCUUCGACAAGGAAGAGACCCUCGUCACAAUGCUACCCCUCAACUACUACACCUCCUCACUCAUGUUGCAACAAGUGAUGGAGAAACCGCUGGAGAAAAAGGCAGGCAGGAACUACGGGCCUCCUGGUACUAAGAAACUAAUCUACUUUAUUGACGACAUGAAUAUGCCUGAAGUGGACACGUAUGGCACAGUACAGCCACACACACUCAUACGACAACAUUUGGACUACAAUCAUUGGUACGACAGAUCCAAACAGAUUCUCAAAGAGAUCCACAACUGUCAGUAUGUGGCCUCCAUGAAUCCCACUGCUGGUAGCUUCACCAUCAACACAAGGCUGCAGCGGCACUUCAGUGUGUUUGCUGUGAGUUUCCCUGGCAACGACGCUCUAAAGACGAUUUAUCAGAGCAUCCUGACAGGCCAUGUAACAAGCGGAGGAUUCUCCACUCAAGUGCAGAAAAUCACCGAGAAGCUAAUCAUAUCUGCUCUGGAGCUUCACCAGAAAGUCACAACUACUUUCCUACCCACUGCCAUCAAAUUCCACUACAUUUUCAACCUCAGGGACCUUUCAAACAUUUUCCAAGGCAUAUUGUUUUCUACUCCCGAUUGUAUCAAGACCCCUGUGGAGUUUGUCAAGCUCUGGCUGCACGAGGCCAGUCGAGUGUAUGGAGACAAGCUCAUUGAUAUAAAGGACAUGGAUUUAUUUCAAAACAUAAAGGCUGAAAUUGCCAAGACAGGAUUUGAGGACUAUGACCAAGAUGCGUUGAAGCCUGAUCCCCUCAUUUACUGUCACUUUGCCACUGGAAUUGGAGAGCCUAAGUACAUGGCUGUACCUAACUGGGAUACCCUUAGGAAGAACCUCGAGGAAGCUCUAGACUCGUACAAUGAACUCAAUGCCAUGAUGAACCUUGUACUCUUUGAGGACGCCAUGCAACAUGUGUGCCGUAUCAAUCGUAUCCUGGAGUCCCCUCGUGGUAAUGCCCUGUUGGUGGGUGUGGGAGGUAGUGGCAAACAGAGCUUGACUCGACUGGCUGCCUAUGUCAGUGCUCUUGAGGUCUUCCAGAUACAGCUUAGGAAAGGAUACUCUAUUGGAGAUCUCAGGGUUGACUUGGCCGGGCUGUACAUCAAGGCUGGCCUAAAGAAUGCAGGCACAGUAUUCCUACUCACUGAUACUCAGAUACCUGAAGAGAAGUUUUUAGUGGUAAUCAACGACUUACUGGCUUCUGGAGAGAUCCCAGAUCUGUUUGACGAUGACCAACUGGAUGUUGUUAUCAAUGGAGUGAGGAACGAGGUCAAAGGGGCUGGUAUUCAGGACACCAAGGAAAACUGCUGGUCCUUCUUCAUCGACAGAGUCAGGAGACAGCUAAAGGUGGUGCUUUGCUUCUCUCCUGUGGGCUCUACCUUGCGUGUGCGUGCUCGCAAGUUCCCUGCAUUGGUCAACUGUACCAACAUUGACUGGUUCCACGAGUGGCCAGAGGAGGCUCUCGUUUCAGUGUCCAACAGGUUCCUUAACCAGGCAGAGUCCGAGCUACUCACUGCUGAACUGUGUGGCUCUAUCAGUCGAUUCAUGGCCUUUGCUCACGAGAGCGUCAACCAGGCUAGCAAAGACUACCUUGCUAACGAGAGGAGGUACAACUACACCACACCCAAGAGUUUCUUAGAGCUGAUUGCUCUGUACUGUAACCUGCUGGCCAAGAAGCACACUGAGCUAAUGGCCAUGAUGGAGAGACUGGAGGGAGGUCUGGAGAAACUCAAGAGCACUGCAGCUCAAGUGGACGAUCUCAAGGAAAAGCUCGCUGCUCAAGAGGUUGAGCUCAAACAAAAGAACGAGGAUGCUGAUGCUCUCAUUGAGAGGGUGGGCAUUGAGACGGAGAAGGUUAGUAAGGAGAAGGCUAUCGCAGACGAUGAAGAGAAAAAGGUGGCCAAAAUCGCUGCAGAUGUGGGCAAGAAGCAAACCGACUGUGAACGUGAUCUGGCAAAGGCCGAACCAGCACUGAAGGCUGCAUCAGCAGCUUUGAACACUCUCAACAAAGGCAAUCUGACGGAGUUGAAGUCAUUCGGUAAACCUCCUCCUGCUGUGGUGAACGUGACUGCAGCUGUGAUGGUCCUGUUGGCUCCUUCUUCCAAGAUCCCCAAGGACAGGAGUUGGAACCAAUCCAAGAUAAUGAUGUCAAAGGUUGACCAGUUUCUGGAAUCUCUUAUUUCUUUUGACAAGGAGAACAUCCACCCCAACAACUUAGCAGCUGAACAACCUUAUCUAGAUAACCCAGAGUUCGAUCCAGAAUUUAUUCGUAGCAAGUCCCUGGCCGCUGCUGGUCUGUGUGCUUGGUGCGUGAACAUUGUGGCCUUCUAUCGAGUGUUCUGUGAUGUUGAGCCGAAGAGGAAGGCUCUUGCCGCAGCUAAUGCCCAGCUGGCAGACGCCCAGACCAAACUAUCCAAGAUUAAGGCCAAAAUCAAGGAACUGGAUGACAAUCUGGCUGAGCUGACUGCCGAGUUCCAGACCGCCACUGAUGCCAAGCUCAAGUGCCAGCAAGAGGCAGAAUCCACAGCCAGCACCAUCUCCCUGGCCAACCGUCUGGUGGGUGGACUGCAGUCAGAGAAAGUCAGAUGGGCUGAAUCUGUAGAGAAGAUGAAACUGGAUGAGAAAACAUUAGCUGGUGAUGUAUUGCUGACUGCUGGCUACCUCUCGUACGUUGGCUGUUUUGGUCGUCAGUAUCGAGAGGAUCUCUUGCAGGAGAAGUGGAUCCCUUUCCUGAAAAGCCUUGACCCAUCUAUACCCAUGACCGAAGGCUUAGAUGUCCUCACUCUUCUCACAGACUCUGCAACUAUUGCUGUCUGGAGCAAUGAGAACUUGCCCAUGGAUCGAAUCUCCAUCGAGAAUGCUAUGAUCCUUACCAAUGCUGAGAGGUGGCCUCUCAUGAUCGACCCACAGCUGCAAGGGGUCAAAUGGAUCAAGACGCGAGAAGGGGAAGGGUUGAAAGUCGUUCGACUUGGACAGAAAGGCUACCUAGAUUCUAUUGAGAGAGCUGUGUCCAACGGAGACUGCCUACUACUGGAGAAUCUUGGGGAGACUAUAGAUGCUGUGUUGGACCCACUCGUCGGAAGACUCACAAUCAAGAAAGGAAGAUACAUCAAGAUGGGUGACAAGGAGGUUGAGUACCACCCUACGUUUAGGAUGAUCCUCCAUACCAAACUGGCCAACCCUCACUACAAGCCUGAGAUGCAGGCACAGGCCACUCUCAUAAACUUCACCGUGACCAGGGACGGACUGGAAGAGCAGUUACUGGCUGAGGUGGUCGCCACUGAGAGACCUGACCUCGAGAAAACCAAGUCUGAGUUAACCAAGCAACAGAAUGAGUUUAAGAUCAAACUGAAGGAGCUGGAGGAUUCCCUCCUCUCUCGUCUUUCAGCAGCUGGGGGUAACAUUCUGGGGGACACUAGUCUAGUCGAGAACCUGGAGACCACCAAACGCACUGCCAACGAGGUCGGGAAGAAAGUAGCAGAGGCUAAAGUGACUGAGAAGAAAAUUAACGAGGCUAGAGAGAACUACAGACCAGCUGCAGCCAGAGCUUCACUCCUCUACUUUAUCAUCAACAACCUGGAGAAGAUCAACCCUCUCUACCAGUUCUCACUCAAGGCGUUCAGUGUAGUGUUUCAGAAUGCUAUUCAGAGAGCAGAGACGGCUGAUGAAGUCAAGAAAAGAGUGGUUAACCUUAUUGAUAGUAUCACCUACAUGGUCUACCAAUACACUAGCAGAGGACUGUUUGAAAGAGACAAACUCAUUUUUACUGCACAAGUCGCCUUUCAGAUUCUUCUAAUGAGCAAAGCGAUUGAUCCUAUCGAGUUGGACUUUCUCUUGCGUUUCCCAGUGGUGCCAAACGUGGUGAGCCCCGUCGAAUUCCUCUCCAACUGGAGCUGGGGAGGGGUCAAAGCACUCUCAAAUAUGGAACAGUUUCGAAAUUUCGACAAGGACAUUGAGGGCUCUGCCAAGCGUUGGAAAAAGUUCACCGACAGUGAGUGCCCAGAGAAAGAAAAGUUUCCUGGAGAAUGGAAGAACAAGAACUCCCUGCAAAAGUUGUGCAUGAUGCGAGCCCUGAGACCUGACCGUAUGACGUAUGCCAUCAUGUUGUACGUGGAAGAGCAACUCGGUACAAAGUACGUGGAGAAGCGUACUAUCCCAUUCGAAGUGUCCUAUGAAGAGACAGAGCCUGGGACGCCUGUGUUCUUUGUGCUCAGUCCUGGCGUGGACCCUCUUAAAGAUGUGGAGAGUCUCGGCAAGAAGCUUGGCUUAACAAUGGACAAUGGCAAGUUCCACAAUGUGUCACUGGGCCAGGGUCAAGAGGUGGUGGCUGAGAACGCUCUGGAUGUGGCCUCCAAAGACGGGCACUGGGUCGUACUGCAGAACAUUCACUUAGUGGCCAAAUGGCUCCCCAAACUGGACAAGAAGUUGGAGCAGUACAGUCUGGGUAGCAACGAGAACUAUCGAGUGUACAUGUCGGCUGAGCCGGCAGCGGAGAGGUCUGGUCAUAUCAUCCCUCAGGGCAUACUCGAGUCCUCCAUCAAGAUCACCAACGAGCCUCCCACCGGGAUGAUGGCCAACCUCCACAAAGCCCUAGACAACUUCAACCAGGACACUCUAGAGAUGUGCUCUCGUGAGAAUGAGUUUAAGAGUAUUCUGUUCUCCCUGGUCUACUUCCAUGCUGUGGUGGUGGAGAGGAGGAAGUUUGGACCUCAGGGCUGGAACAGGUCCUAUCCUUACAACACUGGUGACCUCACCAUCAGCGUUAAUGUUCUGUACAACUAUCUGGAGGCCAAUAACAAAGUGCCAUGGACUGAUUUGAGGUACCUGUUUGGUGAGAUCAUGUACGGUGGCCACAUCACUGAUGACUGGGACAGACGACUUUGUAGGACCUACCUAGAGGAGUACAUGAAACCUGAGCUGCUUGAUCACGAGCUUCUAUAUGCUCCUGGCUUCAUUGCUCCUCCCAACACGGACUACAUUGGCUAUCGUUCCUAUGUGGAUGAGAACCUGCCUGCUGAGAGCCCCUAUCUGUACGGCUUGCAUCCCAAUGCUGAGAUUGGCUUCCUCACUCAAACAUCCGAACACAUGUUCAGAACUGUGCUGGAAAUGCAGCCCAGAGACACAUCAACAGCUGGGGCUACUGGAGAGACAAGAGAAGAAAAGGUGAAGAGCAUACUAGAUGAGGUUCUGGAGAAGAUGCCAGAGGAGUUCAACUUGGUGGAGCUAUUUGCCAAGGCUGAAGAGAAGACGCCCUAUGUGCUGGUAGCCUUGCAGGAAUGCGAAAGAAUGAACACACUCACUCAGGAGAUGAGAAAGUCUCUCAAAAUGUUGGACCUUGGACUUAAGGGUGAGCUGACCAUCACAGCAGAUAUGGAGGCCCUUCAGAACUCCCUCUACCUUGACAAAGUGCCAGAUUCUUGGUCGAAACGAGCCUAUCCAUCCCUUGCUGGUCUCACCGUCUGGUUUGCUGACUUGCUAAUUCGAAUCCGUGAGCUUGAGAGCUGGGUAUCUGACUUCAACAUGCCUGCUUGCAUCUGGCUGGCUGGAUUCUUCAACCCUCAGUCCUUCCUCACCGCUAUUAUGCAGUCUAUGGCCCGUAAGAACGAAUGGCCACUCGACAAGAUGUGUCUGCAAUGUGAUGUCUCCAAGAAAAAUCGAGAAGACUUCACUAGCCCACCGAGAGAAGGAGCUUAUGUACAUGGACUAUUCAUGGAAGGUGCUCGUUGGGACAUACAGACUGGGCUUAUACAAGAGGCUCGAUUGAAGGAGCUGGCUCCACCCAUGCCUGUGAUCUUCAUCAAGGCCAUCCCAGUGGAUAAGCAAGACACCAAGAACGUGUACGAGUGCCCAGUGUACAAGACGCAGACACGUGGACCUACCUAUGUGUGGACCUUCAACCUCAAGACCAAGGAGAAGUCUUCCAAAUGGAUCAUCGCUGGUGUGGCUCUCCUGCUACAGGCAUAAUAAGACUAAACUAUAGCUUGUAUGUACUGCCAUUAUUAUACUGGCUUGAACUUAUAGAAUAGAAGCAAACUGUUGCCAUGGAGAUAGAUUUAUUAUGUUAUCAACAAAAUGUUGUCAUAGUAACAUUGUUUAUAAUCAUGAGUUUAAAAUGCCACAAA